AUGGAUUUGGGUGUGAAUACGAGUUUGAAACCUACAAAAACUCCUUCUCCAAGGAGUAAAAGAAAACAACAACAACAACCACAAGAGGACUCACCUCCGAGUAUUAGGUAUUUGGGGGUGAGGAGACGUCCAUGGGGUCGCUAUGCAGCUGAAAUAAGGGACCCUACUACAAAGGAACGUCACUGGCUUGGUACCUUUGACACUGCUGAGGAGGCUGCCCUUGCUUAUGACCGAGCUGCACGGUCCAUGAGAGGGCCAUCUAAGGCUCGAACUAACUUUGUGUAUUCAGAUUCUCCACCAGGAUCUUCAGUCACAUCUUUUUUAUCUCCGGAUGAUCAGUCUCAUCUCAACCAAAUCUUUUUUGCUAAUGGGCCGUCUUUGGCACAAACACAACCUAACCCCAUUGACCAAAAUGUUUGGGCUUGUUGGGGUGAUAAUUAUCCUCAACCUAAUAGCAAUUAUCAGCCGAUUGAGAACAUGGAAACAACCAAAGAAGUUGAACUCCCUCCUUUGCCCCCGGAUCUUACUUCAAGUUACAACAUGGGUAUGGGUAUGGGUAUGGUUACGGAUAUGGGUAUGGGCAUGGGUAUGGAUAUGGAUACGAGCAUGGGCCUAGAUAUGAGUCAAUGGGUCGAAAACAACCCUGACUUUUUCGGAUUUUCGGGUCAAAAUGGAUCAUCAGUUGGGUUUGAUAGCAUAAUUAGCAAUGAGACCAAUUUGAUUGGUACUAGUAGUGGGGCCAACCCAAAUGAUAAUAGCCAGUAUCAUUCUGUCAUGCAGCAUAGCCCGGUUUUUAGCAAAAUGCCGGUUGUAUCCGACCCGGUAUUUGAUGGGUUUAACCAAGGUUCCUCCUCUUACUUCUAUUGA